AGGAGAGGCGAAGGUGGGACGUACACCCCCCGCUCUCUGUACUCCCUCAGGUUCUCUACACUGCGGCGCCUCCUCCACUCUCACCAUCAACACUGAGACACGUCGCCAAGAGCUACAAUGGCGAGAAUGUUACUGAUAAUAUUGGUAGGAGCUGUGGGAGUGACUUGGUCGCUGGACCCCGCACCUCUGUCCCUGCUGGGGGACGUUACUAUAGGUGUUGUGGGCGACUUACAUGGGCGCCGUGGGUCAACUGGUGGGUGUGGUGGGUUGAGCAGCCGGGCAGUGGAGCAGGUGGGCGCUGCAGAGUGGGCCCUCGCUACCAUUAACAACCAAUCCUACCAUGACUACACCAUUGGGAUACGAAUAUAUGAUGCCUGUGGGGACCCUGAUCAGGCCUUGAGGCAAACAGUGAGGCUUCUCCAGGACUCUCAACCACCGCAGCCACCUUUACUGGGUGUGGUAGCUCUUGGACCUGCCACAGUAGUAUCAGGGACAGCCGCACCAUUACACGCUUUCAAUACGCCUAUCAUCAUCACUGAUGCUCGCACUGCACACACAAUUAUCCCAGCUGAUAAUGUCUUCACCACUGCUCCACACCUCACUGAUCAGUUACAGGCGGUGCUUUCUGCUGGUGUGCGUCUCGGCGGAGGUGUUAUGGGUGUGCAUGUGGUGUCAAGCUGCAGCCAUGCUUCCCAAGUCUUAAAGGAGUGUGCAUCAAGAGCAGGACUCCAGAUCCUCAGUGUGCUGCAGGUUGAGAAUGAAGACAAUAUGAUGAAAGAUAUAACAGAUUUUAUAAACAAUGAAGUGAGCUUUGGAGGAAUUGUAAUAUUGCUGUUGAGUGCUGCAGAACUAAACAUCUUCAGUGCUGAGGUUGAUAAUCAAAUGUUGAUAAAGUCCAAGCUUCAUUGGGUGCUUUCUCCAUUAGAUGGAGAACCGCUGGCUGUAGAGUUAUCCGAGGAUGAGCUAAGGAAAAAGUUGGAUGGAGCACUGUUGGUGGAGGCUCACUCGCCUGUCAUCCCAGGGUUCAGACAGUAUUUUGCCGCUGGUAUCCACAGUAAUACAUCAGUGGUUGCUCCACUAGCCAAGCAGUAUAUGGAGAUUAUAUCCCAUUGUGAUCCUGAGGCUGUUAUUCUGCCAUCAUCAUCAUCAUCAGCCUCAUCGGCGCCAUGCUCACGCCUGAGCGUAGAGGAGUUAACAAAGUCUGUCAGCAGCUCCCCGACCACAGCCACUGUCAAGGCUGUGUCGUCCCUGGCUGCUGCAUUCCGUCUAGUACAGAUAGAGAGGUGUUCAACGGGGGUCCACUGUCUAGAUGUUCUGCGCCAUGAUCUUCACCAAGAUAUAUUAAAGGCACUACUGAAGCUGUCAUUUACAGUGGGUGGGGGUGCUGACAGGAUUCGUUACACUGCUGAUGGUCGUCUUGUUAAUUCUUUCACCAUCAAGCACACUACUUCAAAAGGUCUACGUCAGGUAGGUGUAUACCGUGAGGACACUGGUGUAGUGUGGACCCCUGGGGAGACACUGGCCUCAGAGAAAGUGGAGCGUGGACGAGAGGGAAGAACAUUGGGCUUAGUAUCUGUCAGAGAGAAUGAGAACAACAGUGCUGUUCGGUCUGUUUUGCUAACUCAUGAAGACUAUGUGGGAAGAACUUGGGCCUUUUCCGUGCUAGUUGUGGCGUGCUUGGGAGUGGUGGUCUCACUCUACAUAGCUGUUUAUGUGGCUCUGCGUAUAUGUGAUGGAACUCUCACUGGUUCACAGGUUCUUGGUGCAGUGCUGCUGCUGGGGGUGAUGGGGCUGUACGCCUCAUGUGUGAUCUAUGUCUUGCCUCCAACGUCCAUCACUUGUGCUGUGCGGGAAUGGGUGCCACCUAUGUGCCUUGCACUCUGCUAUGGCAUCCUUCUUGCCAAAUCAAUGCAUUUGCGAGCACUGGUGUCUAUUGGGGUUGGGGGAGAAGUGUCUCAAGUAAACCUUCAUGUUUCCCUGUUGUUUAUGGUGAGUGUACAGGCUGCACUGUGUAUGCUAGGCCAUGCAGGGGGCUUACUCACACAAGAAGAACCCCUGAUCAAGAUUGGACUGGAUGGCAACAGGCAGUGUGGGCAGAAGCGUAUAGCCACACUUGCCACUCGCGUCUAUCUCCUCCUCCUGCUGUUUCUUACCCUCAUCCUAGCCACUGUGAAUCGCAAAAUACAAAGAAACCAUAAUGAGGGACAGUGGCUGCUGCUAACUUCGUGCGUGUCUGUCCCUGUGGUGGCUGUGUGGUCAGUUAUGAGUUAUCUUGCACCGUCUGCCUUGGAAGCUCCUACAACCAGUGUGGCAUUGUUGGUUCUGGCCUCAGUAAUUCUGGGACUCGUAUUCAUUCCCAAAAUGAGGAUCAUUGCUCAACAGGCCAAAGACUUCAGACACAAACGAAUGGCAGCUACAGCUUCCAUCUCCACCAUUUUUACGCAAAUGGAAGAAGGCCCCUUCGGUGGUGUGCCAGCUCUUCAGGAGGAUCUGAAGCCUCUCUCCAGCAACAGCCCUCGAGCUCAUCACACUCAUCGAGACAAUUCAGGGUCAAUAAGAUCGUCUCUUGCCUCUCAAAACAGCUACAGAGCAGCUUUUACUAAUGUCUAUGGCUUGCCUCAGCAGUCUCCUCUAACCACUCCCCGCCAGGUUAUGAGGAACCAUAUUUGUGAGGCUUCACAUGGAGCUUAUCCAUGAAUUCCUAAGCUAAAAUCAAAGGAAAAUGUCUAUUUUUUUAAUACAAAAAUGACUUGAUCAAAAUCCAGUCAUAAUAUUCUUAAUGAUGCAAACCAACAUAUUUUUAAUGAGUAACUGAGUAUAAGACCAAAAUAUAUCACAUUAAUUUAUGUGAAUAAAGUUUGAAGAAUUUCAAUUACAGUGAGUAACUAGAUGGGGUAUUUAUGGAGUAUAUCCAGACAGUUAGAUGUGUCAGAAUUAGUAGACAUGCUUAGUGUACAGUGAGAGCUCAGUUGACUGCAUGUUGAAUACACAUACAGUACUUUAUUUUGAUGGACAUUGAUGGACAUGUGAUUCAUUGUCCUUAUCAUACAUAUAUAUGGUAUGUAACUGAAACAAUAUACUCAUACACAAUAUUAAUUAUAACUAAAACAAUACACUCUUAUCAUAUACAAUAUUAAAUAAUAUUCACAUCUUGCUACAAUCUGAGUAAUAUAGCAAUGUGUGAAAUAAUGAAUGUUAAAUAUUUGUAUUAUAAAGGAUAAUGUACAAACUUGUUCAUAUAGUUGCACAAAUUGUCUUGAUGUUUGUGGAGCAUGAAAGCAUGUAGUCACUGUAGUAGUCAGUAUAGUAGCCAGUGCAGUAGUCAGUGUAUUAGUUAAUAUAGUAAUGAAUGUAGUAGUCAGCAUAUUAGUUAAUGUCAUAGUCAGUAUAAUAGUCAAUAUAGCAGUCAGUAGAGUAGUAUAGCAGCCAAUAUAGUAAUAAAUUUAGUAGUCAUUACAGUAGUGGUGUUGUAGUUGUUAGUGUUGUAGCAAACAUAGAAGCCAGUGUUCAGCAUGAUGAACAGUAUGCCAAACAUUAACUAGGCUACAUUUUUGUGUACACAAACUAAUGACUGGCAGUGUGAUGAAUAUGCUGUACCGUAUUUUACAUUUACUGGCUUGUAAAACUAAAUUUCUUGCAAAUGGAGUACUUAUAAAAAAAAGAAGAUACAGGUUACCGGACUACAGUGUGACUUUGCUUGAACGAAUCAUGUUGGACUGGAACCCUCAGGGGGGGGCGAAAAGAAUGAACUAAUGGACAAACUCCUGGUGAAAUGGAACAUGCUGUCUAUGCCAAUAAAUUCUUUUGAUAGACUGGCCUGACUUUGCCAAACAACUACAGUACUGUACCUAUAUUCUGUAGUUUUUAUGUUUUUGUUCUGUCUUUAGUACUAAUACUAAUAAAAAUUUAUUUGUUUAAAAAUAUUUCAUUGCUGUACAGUACUUGAGUAUGUAAUUAAUAAAACUUAUUUAAUAAA